GAAAGAGCAGCAACAGAUAGCAGGAGUCUCCACCACAGGACUUAUCCUUCCUCCGUUUUUCCUCCUUUUUCGCGGCUCAGUGCGCGUGCUGACCAUGAGGACUUCCAUGCGUCCGUAGUUUUGCGCAUUCCGCCGACUUGGACUUCUUUUUUUCUUCUUCUUCUUCUUCUUCUUCUUCUUCUUCUUUUAGGGCGUAUAAUUAAUUAAUCUGUAUUAUUUCUCCUUGGACGUCGCAGAGGGACUAAUUUAAACAUGUCGAGGAGCGCGGAGGAGGUGAACAAGCUGACUGAAAGCACAUACAAGAAUGUGAUGGACCAGUUCAACCCGGGACUGAGGAAUCUGGUCAACCUGGGAAAGAACUACGAGAAAUCUGUGGCUGCAAUGUCCCUGGCUGGAAAGUUGUAUUUUGAUGCUGUGUCUAAGAUUGGGGAGAAUGCUGCUGUUUCUCCUGUCUCCAGAGAACUGGGUGUAGUCCUGAUGGAAAUCUCUGAGGUCCACAGGAAGGUUCAGCUUGAGCUGGAGGAAAACUUUAAGAGGUUCCACAGGGAGAUAAUAGCCGAGCUGGAGCGAAAGACUGACAUGGAUGUCAAAUACAUGACUGCUACAUAUAAACGGUACCAGAUGGAGCACAAGAUGAAACAAGAUUCUUUGGAGAGAUCCCAGUCGGACCUGAAGAAGCUGAGGAGGAAGAGCCAAGGAAAGAACGCCAGCAAGUACGAGAACAAGGAGAGCGAGUGCCUGGAAACACUGACGAGCCGACAGAUGGACAUGCAGCUGUUCAUUGCGGACGGGUGUAAAGAGGCUCUUCUCGAGGAGAAACGACGGUUCUGCUUCCUUGUGGACAAACACUGCAUGUUCUCCUACCAGUUCGCCUCCUUCCACGAAAAGGCCAGAGACAUACUGACGGAAAAGCUGAGCAGCUGGCAGGACCAGUGCAACGACGCCACCAACAUGCCCCAGAGUGUUUUGUCCAUGAUCGAGGGACUGCGCGUGCCAGUUUCCAUCACUCCGCUGCCCUCUCCCUCGCCGUCGCGACACAGCGUGAACAUCUCGGCUCCCCCGGCUCCUCCUCUCAAGGCUCAAACCAGCCCCCUGGCUAACAUGUUCACCCAGGAGAACAACAGCACCAGCACAGCCACUUCCAACAACAGCAAAGACCACGGGCACAGUGAAGACAACAGCCUGGCCAGGUCCGUGUCGGUCGCCACCGGUCUGAACAACAUGGUGAAGAGGCCGCGUGUGCGCACCAUCUUCCCGCACACCGCCGGCAACAACAACACGCUGCUCAGCUUCGACGAGGGAGACGUCAUCGUCCUGCUCAUUCCCGACGAGAGGGACGGGUGGAUGUACGGCGAACUGGAGAAGAAUGGAAAGAGGGGCUGGUUCCCUUCAUCUUACUGCCGUGCACUCUCCGAGCCACUCGUGAAUAACAGCAGUGAGACUGCUGCUCCGUAUCGCAGCAGAAGCGUGGUCAACCUCCACCAUCAGGACACCGAGACGGACGAGGCCACCAUGGUGCUGCCGCCAGCGGACUACUGCGACGGCACGCAGCACGGCUACGUCAAGCACUCCUCCAGUAUCACCAACAACAACCACCAGCACUCCCCCACGCCCUCCGCAGCCUCCUCCUAUUCAUCUGAUCUGAACACGGCACCACAGUCUAACGGCAUCUCCAGACCUGCUUACCUUGCCGGAGGAAACCCGUUCGCCACAGUCCGGUUACGUCCCACCGUCACUAACGACCGCUCUGCCCCCGUCAUCUGAUCCCUCCGCCCUCCAUUCCCACAGCCUUUAGUCCUGCUCCCUGUGUCGCCCUCUCAGGAUGUGCGUUCUGACUCCUGCCCUUCCUGUCCAGCACAUCUGGAAGGAAAUGAAAACUUGGCCAGCACUAAGAGGAAGAGAAAAAAAAAAAUGCCAUUUUAAUCCGUGAGCCCCCUACAGCUACAAACUCUGACGCAGGGACCAUUUUACUUACUGAACAGAUGUUCAUAUAUUUAUGAUAUAUAUAAGUAUAUAUUUUCUAUGUCUUUUUUUUUUUUUUUUUUGUCCGUCUGUCUGUGGUGGUGAGAUCUUAAUAUGCACAUUCUUACCUGCACUAGAGAAGUGGACGAGUAAAAAUGCUCAAAGCAAAUCGUGGAGUUUAUUUAAUGCUGUCGAUGUUGCUUGUUCAUUGUCAAACUGACCGUUAGAAAUCUUUCUGUUGCCAUAAGACAGUAGAAUAAAGUACUGUAGAGGACGUCGGCGUUCAGCUGCGGCGGUUCUCGUGUUAGAUCUCGACAGGCACGGUCAGUUUCGUCCCGGCGUAUGUACAGGCUUUUGUGUGCACGUUAGCACAGAAGAUGCUGUGGAGUCUUUUGCCAUCCGAUGUGGAAACAGGACUUCUGCCUUAACGACAAAGAUUAAAAACCCGCUGUAUGAUAUGAUUUACCUGUUGCAUUCCUCCGAUUGUGGAUAUGAGCCGUUUUCGCCUCAUGUUUACACCGAAUGUGCAAUCGAUCGAGUUCCAGUCGUCACACUUUCUCUCCCCCGUCCUCGGCCCACAUUACAACCUUUACAGAAUUUGCUGUAUGGAAAAAUAAAGAUUUAUUUCUUCA